UGGACUGAAAAAAAAACAAAUAGCAGCUAUCUAUUUAGCAAGAGACUCUGACAACAGAUAAAGGGAUAGACCUGUGGUUGUUGCCGUGGGAUCCUAAGUCCAGGUGAUCAUUUUGAAUAUCAUCAACACCUGAAAACAUUCACAUGAUAUAUGCAAUUCAAUGAUGGACCAAAAUCAUCAUUCGGAUAAGACCACAGAGGCACAACCUUCUGAGAAAAAGAAAACUAGAAACUGCUGCAAUGGAUUCAAGAUGUUCUUGGCAGCCCUGUCACUCAGCUUUAUUUCUAAGUCACUGGGUGCAAUCAUUAUGAAAAGUUCCAUCACUCAAAUAGAAAGGAGAUUUGACAUAUCAUCUUCUACUGUUGGCUUAAUUGACGGAAGCUUUGAAAUUGGAAAUUUGCUUGUGAUUGUAUUUGUGAGUUACUUUGGAGCCAAAUUACACAGACCGAAGCUAAUUGGAAUUGGUUGCAUUAUUAUGGGAACUGGAAGUAUUUUGACUGCUUUACCACAUUUCUUCAUGGGAUAUUACAGGUAUUCUAAAGAUACCGCUUUUAAUCCAUCAGAAAAUUCAACAUCAAGUUUACCAACUUGUUUGACUAACCAAAAUUUGUUACCCAAUAGAACAUCACUGGAGGUAGUGGGAAAAGGUUGGGAAAAGGAUUCUGGAUCAUAUAUGUGGAUAUAUGUUCUAAUGGGUAAUAUGCUUCGUGGAAUUGGGGAAACCCCUAUUGGACCCUUGGGGAUUUCUUACAUCGAUGAUUUUGCUGAAGAAGGACAUUCUUCUUUGUAUUUGGGUAAUUUGCUUGCAGUAACAAUGAUUGGUCCAAUCAUUGGCUUUUUACUGGUAUCUCAGUUUUCUAAAAUGUACGUGGAUAUUGGAUAUGUGGAUCUGAGCACUGUCAGAAUAACUCCUCAGGACUCUCGUUGGGUUGGUGCUUGGUGGCUUGGCUUCCUUGCGGCUGGACUAAUAUCCAUUAUUUCUUCCAUACCAUUCUUUUUCUUGCCCAAAACUUUGGAUAAACCAAAUAAAGAAAAAAAAGCUUCAGCAUCCUCAAUAUCUUUGCCUAUGCAAAAUGAAGAAAAGAGUCAAAUGGCUAGUUUGACCAAGACUGGGCAAAAUGUUACUGACACUGUAACUGGUUUCUUCCAGUCCUUGAAAAGCAUCCUCACCAAUCCCCUGUAUGUUUUAACAUUAUUUUUGACACUGCUACAAGCCAGCAGCCAUAUUGGUUCUAUUACUUACAUUUUCAAAUACGUAGAACAGCAGUAUGGCAAGUCAGCAUCUGAGACGAGCAUUUUGCUUGGAUUCAUAACCAUACCAUCUUUGGCAGCUGGAAUGUUUACAGGAGGAUUUAUUGUUAAAAAGUUCAAAUUUACCUUGGUUGGAAUUGCCAAAUUUGCACUUUGUGCCCAUUCGAUAUCCUUCCUGUUUCAUCUAAUAAACUUUGCACUAAUCUGUGAAAACAAAUCAGUUGCUGGACUAACCCUGACCUAUGAUGGAAAUACUCCAGUGGCAUCACAUCUAAAUGUACCACUUUCUUAUUGCAACUCAGACUGCAAUUGUGAUCCAACUCAAUGGGAACCACUCUGUGGGAGCAAUGGAAUAACUUACAUAUCACCCUGUUUAGCAGGAUGUACGUCUUCAAGUGGCAGCAAAAAGUCUAUUGUGUUUCAUAACUGUAGUUGUGUGGAAGAAAAUGGUUUCCAGAGCAAAAAUAACUCGAUGAAGUUGGGUGAAUGUCCGAAAAGUGAUGACUGUAAGAGAAAAUUUUAUAUUUACACAGUAGCGCAAAUACUUAUCCUUUUUUCUGCUUCACUGGGAAGCACCUCAACUAUCAUGCUGAUUUUUAAAAAUGUUGAACCUGAACUGAAAUCACUUGCCAUGGGUUUCCAUUCACUAACUAUUCGAACACUAGGAGGAAUUCCAGCUCCUAUAUAUUUUGGGGCUCUGAUUGAUAGAGCUUGUAUGAAGUGGUCCAUCAACAACCAUGGGAAGCAAGGGGCUUGCAGGAUAUAUAAUUCCUCGUUAUAUGGACAUACUUUCUUUGGCUUGACUACAGCAUUAAAAUUCCCAGUCAUUAUUUUAUUCAUUGUAUUGAUUUCUGCUAUGAAGAAAAAAUACCAAGGGAAAGAUAUUAAGGCAUCAGAAAAUGAAACAAAAGCCAUGAAUGAAGCAAACUCAGGACCAUUAAUUAAUGAUGUCAAAGUGGACCAUGAAACACAUAUUUAGGGGAGAAAAACUUUUUCUGCUGCUGUGUUUUUAAAUAAGAUUGUAUUAAUUGAGUGGGAUGUUAUUUUUGAGUAGUUCCUGGUCUUUUCACUGACAGUUCCCACAUUCUAUACUAUAUGGAGCCAAAACCAAAGGGGGAAAAAAAAAUGGGAGUACUCAUUGUUAACAUAUGACUAUGCAUUUGUGGUUAAGAUUAGAAUGCAUGAUCUAUGCAAAUUUUAGGUGAAACUUAUAAUUAAUAUGUAACAGAAGAAAAAUAUCUGUUCAGAUGAUUGUAGUACAAUAAAACUAGUGACUGGAAAAUAGGUAUAGGUGAAAAAGGAAGAGAGAAAUUAGUAGUCUAAAUAUGGAGAAAAGCCUGAUACCUUACAAAUAAACCAGUUUGGACCAUGUUAUUCAAACCUAAAGUCUAUUAUAAUUGAGGACGUAUGCUAUCAUGACAUCUGUCAUUCAUAAACUAAGUCAUAUAUUUCUCAGACCUUAUUAUUUUAUAAUUUGAAAUUGUGUUUGGCUAUCACACAACCCCUGAUGCAUAUUCUUCCAAUCUCUUAUUAAAAUACUACUGAAGAAAUAGAGCUAAUUGAAAAUUUGCAAGUUGUUGUUGUCAGAGAGCGUAUUACAGACUGUGUUAAGUUUUCUUCAGGUCCAUGGAAGUGAUUAAGAAACACUGACAUUAACUUGAGAAAGCAAAGCCCAUUUAAAGGUGUGUCUUCACUUUGUCUGCUCUCUAUAAGAAAUGGAGUCUGCACUGAAUCAUUUACCAACUGUCUCAAAAUUGCCUGGCUCUUUGUGUUUGUGUUUAGCACACAAAGAGUCAUCUUUCACACCUCCACAAGUUGGACAAGAAGUGGAGUGAAUGAGAACAAAUAACUGAAAGUUGCAUUUGCUAGUGAUGACAGCUUUUUAUAAUGAAAGCUAAAAACUGUAGUUUUUACUCUCAAUAGGCUAAAAGAAAAAAAAAUAGAGGUCAUUAAAAUCACCUGUGAAACAUGUUUUUAAAGAAAUCACAAUCAUACACCCACCCAAGAUUCUUAUUCUAAACAUUUGUGGUACAAGCCUGGACCUCCCCUUUAAAGAAAUCCGCAUAGGGCUUCCCUGGUGGCUCCUGCUAAUGCAGGAGACACAGGUUCUACCCCUGAUUCAGGAAGAUCUCAUACGCAGUGGAGCAAGGAAGCCCCCACACCACCACUAUUGAGCCUGUGCUCUAGAGCCCAGGAGCUGCAACUACUGAGCCCACGUGCCACAACUACCGAAGCCUGUGCACCCAAGAACCCACGCUCCAUAACAAGCGAAGCCGUGGCAAGGAGAAGUCUGCACCCCGCACCUAGAGAACAGCCCUACUCUCCAUAACGAGAGAGAAGCCUAGCAGCAAUGAAGACCCCGCACAACCAAAAAUAAAUAAACAGAAUUAUUUUUUGAAGUUUACAUAGAACUCUUGAUAAAGAGACACAAAAAACCAAACUAUAUGAUAGGAGAUAAUAUCCCUGAGUAUACCAAAGACACACCACAUGAAUGUUUGCUAGGAUCUGAGAAUUACAUUGGAAGUUAUAGAUAUUAAUGUGGUGUCAAACUAGACCUAAGAAAGAUUCACUAAUCAAAAAAGCAGAAAUUUGGAAAAAUCACCCACAGGCAAGGUUACUAUAUGACUGGUCUAAUGGGAUCUUGUCUCAUUAAAAAAUAAAGAGAGAAAAUUACAGAGCUGUUUUUUAAAACAUUGCAUGAAAAUAAAGGCGGUAUCUUGAA